CCGACAUCUUCUUGAGCGGAGGGUCAGCUUCAUGUGGUCGGUGUCUCUUCACUUUUGGGAAGGCUUUCACAAUACCAAACAUUUCGCAUGGUUGUGUCAAGGAACUUUUGCAUCAUGGCUGUACAAUGUUGGUCAGAUAUCUUGAAGACUUCUAAGAAAACGGCGUUAAUUUGUGAUGGAAAAAGGAAAAUACACUACUUGUUUACAGAUGGCAGUGAAAUGGCUGAAGAGUACGACAUGAAUACUGACGCACUUGUGUCGCGAAGGUUGCGCUCUAAAAACAACCUCGGAGGACAGGGCCAGUGGCGCACUGAAGUGGGUGAGACGAGCCACAACGCGAUGCCUUCCGUGGACUCAGACACGAUAAGCGAGAACAGCUCUAAUCCAUUGUUCGCGCGUAAGGACACAAAGAGCAGUUUCCGGUGGAGAGUUCGCAACAUUUCCUACCCCAUGGACACCUACAACGUUUCAGUGGAGACUGCGGAACGAUGCUGCAUCAUCCGGACCACAAACAAAAAGUAUUACAAAAAGUUCAGUAUUCCAGACCUCGACCGUUGCCAGCUGCCUCUGGAGAGCUCAGCCUUGAGCUAUACCCACGCCAACAACACUUUAAUCAUCAGCUAUAAGAAGCCCAAGGAGAUUUUAGCCCUGGAGCAGGAGCUGAUGAGGGAGCUGAGAAAACUGAAGGGGACCAAUGACGGAGACGUGGACUGCAAAACCCAGUGAACUGGCAUGGACUCUUCACUUUCUGAACUAUGGGAAUCUGUUCACAGCCUUUCUGUACAGCAUCUGUGUUGCCUUCUAUUAUGUAAAAGGUCUUUUACAUGUGUGGGCAAAGCAUGUAAUAGUAUCUUGCUGAAAUAGAUGUUCUCUUUUUCUUUUUUUCUUUUUUUUUGGUGGUCAUUUUGUUUCAGAUGUACAGGGAUUUUGAAGGCUUGUUAGAAGGAUCAUUUUGGAUGCUGUCCUUAACAACAAGGUGUGAAUUUUAUCUCAUCAGUUUAUUACAUAGUGUGUAGAAUCCUCUAAUUUGCUCCCUUCAUUUGUAGAAUACCGUUUUAUUCUCAGUGGUUAAUAACCAAAUGUGCAUUUCAGGAAGUUCACUUAUUUACUUUAAUGCAUUUUAACAUAUGUUUUGCAAGACAAUAACUUGUUCGACCAUAGGAGACAAGGAAAGGUUAGUUUGAUUUAACUGCUGUCAUCAAAAUGUAAAACUGUGUACUGUAGGGGAUGAAAUGGAUUAUUAAUGGAUUAUUUAUGAUUUGGUAGGUUGGUAAGUGAUUGUUUAUCAUAGCCAAUUCUCUACAGUCUUGUCAGUGUCAAUGAAUUGUAAAUCUAGGAAUAAAUACCUGCAAUUGCCUUUGA